UAUAUUUCAUCAAUGUCGUUGUCUUCUAUACCAAACACUGGUGUUGCCAUCACCAACCCUCUCGUACUAUACCGCGCCCUGCUUGCAACGAACCGUAUAACUCAAGAUCCAGCCCAACAUAGACUUGACUAUGAGCCUACUGUCGAGUACAAGCACAGACUCGAUCAGAUAACCCGCGCUGUGGGCCCUUCAGUAAACACCAAUGUAGAACCAGAUCCACAGAAACGAGGAGUCUGGCAAAGCCUCCUUGCUCAANAAGAGAAACGAGACAGUCUAGCUCUGACCAAAGUCUUGACUAGCCAUGAAGCCGCCAUGAACCUCGACUCGCCUAGAGGCCUCAUGCUGCAUGGCGAAGUAGGCACAGGCAAAAGUAUGCUCAUCGAUCUCUUCGCCGAUUGUUUGCCGAACAGGAAGAAGGCUCGCUGGCACUUUAACACUUUCAUGCUGGACACGUUUGCCAAAUUGGAGCUGCUAAGACGAAAUCGUUUGACCAGAUUACCUCAAGCGGCUGGUGCUGAGGUGGAAGAGCAUUCGCUACUCUGGCUCGCUCGUGAUAUGAUCAACACUUCUCCCAUCCUCUUCCUUGAUGAGUUCCAACUACCGGAUAGGGCUGCCUCAAAGAUCAUGACAAACUUGAUGACUUCCUUCUUCCAACUUGGUGGUGUGCUCAUCGCAACAAGCAACCGGAUGCCUGAGGAAUUGCACAAAGCCGCUGGAUUGGCAUUUCCACCACCUUCGCGCUUGCAAUCUCUGACUCAAAGACUGGGAAUGGGACGAGCUACGAAGGGCAAGAGUGAAAAUAUGUUUGCUGGUCAAGGUGAAUUUGCCGGCUUUCUCGAGGUUCUCAAGGCUCGUUGCGAGAUCUGGGAGAUGAGCAGUGGCAAAGAUUAUCGCAGAUAUGAGGCCAGCUCUCAAGCUCCUCCACCAAUCGCGGAAGAAGAUCGAUUCGAGGAUAUCACAGAUGCGGAAGCGUUCGAAAGCGACUCUGCUGUAUCAGGUAUUCCAGAGGAAGCCUCAAAGCAAGAGCCAGAGACACAACCCAAUGCUACAAGAGCCCCCACCUACUUCUUGAUAGUGCCAGGCCCUGAAGCUUCAGAAGAAGAACAAACAGCCUUCCAGACCAAAGUCUCAGAAGCCGAACAAACGCUUCUAGGCUCAGCAGCUUCUUCGAUCGACUGGACACCGUCCAGCAUACGCGUCUAUGGCCGUAAAAUCCCCAUACCACGUUCUCACAACGGCAUAUCCUCUUGGACAUUCUCCGAACUCUGUGCUUCCAACCUCGGACCUGCAGACUACAUAACCCUUGCCUCGACCUACCACACCAUCAUCCUCUCUGACGUACCCAUACUCUCUCUUCUUCAAAAGAACGAAGCCCGUCGCUUCAUCACUCUGCUCGACGCCCUCUACGAAGCCCGCUGCAAACUCCUCAUCACCCACGCCUCCGCGGGUCCCGACGAGAUCUUUNUCCCAGAGAAGAGCACUGCCGAAGGAUUAAACCAAGACGCCGUCUACGCCGAGACCUUUGCAGAAGCCUAUCAAGACGCCACCGCCCCCUUCCGCCCCAACAUCCUUUCUUCCAAUCCCGAUUAUGCCGAACCCUCUGCACAGCCAGAGCCAGACUACACUCAUUCACGCUUUGAAAACCUGCUCGCUGCAGACUCGCUAGAAGAUGAUCCUCCAAACCGUAUCCGCCGACUCUCAGAGCAGCAGGGUGACCGCGGUCCCGUUGACCCAGACGACGAUUUCAGAAUGCGUGGAUUGAGGCAAGGUAACUCGCCAGACUUCAGCAACGUCAAGAGUUUCACAGGCGAGGACGAACGCUUUGCUUAUCGCCGCGCACAAUCCAGACUUUGGGAGAUGUGUGGUAGGAAAUGGUGGGAGCGAGUGGAAGAAGGUUGGCAUAAACCUUUGCCAGUGUCUAUUCGCUCGUGGGAGAACCCCUCUUCCCCCACUUCCCCUUCUUCAGCAUCUGCUGUGUUCACGCAGGCAGAAGCCAAUGAUGCUAGAAUGGGAUCUUCAAGGGGUGUCGAUGAAGUCAACGAUGAAGUCAUGUUUAGACAUGGCGCAAGUCCUUUCAGAAGGUCUGAAGAACCACCACCAAAGUUUUCUUGGACACAUGUUUGGGGCACUGUCAAGUGGGGGAAGAAGGCAGGUGCUUGGGGCCAAGGUGUUGAUGGAUUGAAGGAUAGGAAGAAGUAA